AUGUAUUCGUACAACAACCAACCGUACGGGUACACAGGUAACCAAGGCUACCCUCAACAGCAAGCACAACAGCCUCAACAAGUCCAACAACAGCCAUCGUACAACCAAUGGUCUACUCAGCAACAACAGCCUCAGCUUAAUCAGCUGCAAUCUCAGCCAACAGGCUUUGGGUUUGGCUCCCAGGUUGCUUCACAGCCUACUGGGAUUAUGAAACCUCAACAGUUUGAACAAACUCAGCCAGGAUUUACUCAACAAACAUCUGGCUGGAACCAACAGGCGCCUCCAAUGACUAGCUUCCAGUCUCAGCCAACGGGCGGCUUGAUGCCACAAAGAACAGGCUAUCAGUCACAACCAGCUCAAACUCCAUUGCAAUCCCAAGCUACUGGAUGGAACCAACUGGUGCCUCCAAUGACCUCAUUUCAAGCACAAGCUACAGGUUACCAACAAGGUCCGCCAACGACUUCCUUUCAGUCGCAGCCAACCGGUGGGUUUAUGCCUCAACAAACAGGGUAUCAAUUUCAGCAACCAUUGCAAUCUCAAAACACAGGAUGGACACAACAACCUCAAACUUCUUUCGGCGUGGCACCUCUUCAAUCUCAGAGCACCGGAUGGAAUCAAGGUUUACAACCCCAGAGAACUGGUGUUCAACAGCCUCUAACUGCUCAGCCAACUGGUUUUAUUUCCAACUUGGCUAACAUAGGUAACCAAAAAAAUGAUUUAGAAUUACCAAAUAUUAGAUUAUCUUUCAUUACUGCCAGAGAUCAGGAUAGGUUUGAAACUAUUUUCAGAAAUAACGUUCCAAAGGGUGAAAAUGCAAUGGAUGGAAAUACUGCAAAAUCCAUUUUGAUGAAAUCUGGUUUAUCUGCCGUUAAGUUAUCUCAAAUUUGGGAACUAGCUGAUACUAAUAAAUCCGGCUCUUUAAUGUUCCCGGAAUUUUGUGUCGCAUUGCACUUGGCUAAUAUGGCAAAAAGGGGACAAUCUGUUCCUUUUGAGUUGCCUAUAAAGAUCAAGAAUGAAGUAACUGGGUUUGUAGAUGCCAUAAAUUUUAACAUUGGUGCUAAGAGUGAUUACAGUCAAAACAAUCCAAUUGCAAAUCAACAAACUGGUUUUCAAAAUCAGAUCCCAUUAACUGCACAAAGAACCGGUGUUGUACUUAAUGCACAACAAACAGGUAUGGUACCGAUCAAUGCACAACCUACAGGUUUAUUUUCUCAAAAGACGGGAGGUUUAUUCUCUCAAAAGACGGGAGGAUUACUUGCACAAGCAACAGGUUCCGCACCACCGAUGACCAGUUUUAUGGCACAGCCAACAGGUGGAUUCAUGCCUCAGCAAACUGGGUUCCAAUCUCAGCCAACAGGCGGAUUUAUCCCUCAACAAACCGGACUCCAAUCUCAACAAUUCACUGGGUUCCAAUCACAAGCCACUGGUGGUCUUUACCCCCAACAAACUGGCUUACAACCUAUGCCAACCGGUAGACCUGGCCAAUGGGGAUUUGUUUCUGCUCCAACAGGUGGCUUACCAGGGCUGGAUAUGAUGCAGUCCCAUUUCAUGCCUAACGCAGCAACCCAAACAAACAUGUUACAAAGUCAAAUGGGCGGCCAAUCAGCAAGAAAUGUUACAUGGGCAAUUACCAAGCAAGAAAAGAUGAUUUAUGACAAUAUUUUUAAGCAAUGGGAUAAGGAUAGGAAAGGUUUUAUUGAAGGUAAUGUUUCGAUUGAAAUCUUCUCCAAAUCAGGUUUGAGUUUCAGUGAUUUAGAGAAAAUAUGGACAUUAUCAGAUCAGGGUAAUAAAGGCAAAUUAAACAGAGAUGAAUUUGCUGUUGCGAUGCAUUUAAUCUAUAGAAGAUUAAACGGCUUUGAUAUUCCAUUAACUCUACCUCCCGAGUUAGUUCCACCAUCUUCCAAGAUCCUGGAAAACACUGUAGACAGCUUAAAAGACCAAUUGAAAAAACAAGCUUCAAAAGGUGGAGUUCAUAGUACACUGAACGUCAAAUCUGGUAUUUCCAGAUCUGGGACAUCUUUUAAGAAUGACGAUGAUUCCAUCAAUUAUGUUUCUAAUUCAAGACAUAGAAAGAAAAGUGUUGACGAGUCACCAGCAAAAUCACAAGCGUUUUCAUCUAAGCUGUCUAUUGAAGACUUGAAGAAACAAAUACACGAGAAAAGAAUUUUACUAGACGCAAUUGAUGCAGAAGAUGCAGAUACCAAUGCAAACAUAAUCCAACAAAAGACCCUGAACGAAAUUGAAAUUUUAAAAUCCAAAAUCAAGAGUGCACAAUCUAAGUUGAAUUCUUCCAAUUUCGGUGCGAUUGAUUCUGUAGAGCAAAAGCAAGAACUAAGUACAAAACUUAACAAAUUUGCUGACAAAAUUCCACAGCUCAUGGAUGCUAUCUAUCAAGUUGACGAGAAGCUCAAAUCAGCAAAGGUGGAGCUUUUCAGACUAAAAUUACAAAAGGAGAAUCCUUCAGGUAUCGAAUUCAAAGGUACUGGGCCAAAUGGCGAAGUUACUGAAACCGAUAAAAGAAUCGCCAAACAAAAAGCUCUCUUACAGGCUAAAAUGGCAAAGCUAACAGGUAAACCAGCGCCAAACUUUGAUGCCUUUGAAGAUAAUGAAGCAAGGUUGAACCAAGAAGUUCUUUCUGUCACUAAGGAAUUUGAAGAGCAAAAAAGUAUGAUCCAAGAGAUCUCCAGCUCAAUCAAAACUUUAAUUGCUGAAGUUUCAGAUUCGUUGAACUUGACCAACGCCAUGAGUGUGGGCCACUCCAAAUGGGAGAAAAAGGAAGGCGUUCAAAAUAAAGAAGUGUCUGAUUUUAUUGAUUAUUUGAAUUCUACCAAGCCAGCACACAAGACCGCAAUUCCUACCCCAUCUUCAUUAGAAAAUCCUUACCUAGCACAUCCAAAUUCUAACUUGGCUUCGAAAGAACCUGUGGAGUCCAAUCUAAAUGCUGUAGCAGAACAACAGUCUGCUAAAGUUUCAAACAUUGGACAUUCCACGCCACCAUCAUCUUCAUCAGGUUUGUCUGCUUCUGAAGAGAGAGCAAGAAGGAUCAAAGAAAAGGCAGAAAAGAGAAUGAAUGAAAGGCUAGCUAAAUUAGGGAUUACUAGAAAACCAGCAUCCAAUACACACUCAGAGCAGGAAAAAAAUAUUCCCACAUCGAAAGUAGCUUCAACAUCGAUUUCUCAAGAAGAAAAAAACAUAUCUACAACGAAAGAAAUCCCGGCUUCAAUUUCCAGAGAAACCCAAAAACCAUUUGUUCAACCUACUAAGCAAGCACCAGCACCACCACCUACUAGAGCCGCACCAGCACAAAUUCCAGCACAAAUUGCAGCUGUUUCCAAACCAUCUGCUGCCUCGGAUGACAGUGAUGAGGACAGCGAUGAAGAUGAAGAAUACAAGGCUCUCUUGGAGCAAAAGAAGGCAAUGGAACAGCGUGAAAAAGAGAGGAAAGAAAGGAAGGCACGUGAAAAACAGGAGAGACUAGCCAAACUGAAGGCUGAAAUGGAAGAACUACGGAAACAACAAGAGGGGGAUUCCGACGAUAGUUGGUGCGAUGACAAUCAAGCUACUGCUACUCCUGUCUCGAAUGCCAAGCAGGCUGAAGAAGCUCCAGUUCCAACUACAGGUUUAACGACUGCCCAUAGUAACAAUCCAUUUGCGGCAGUUGUCAGUGAGAAGCAGGAAUCAAAACCGGUAGUUCCACAGCCAACUGAAACACCUGAAAAGAAGGAUGUAAAACCUUCGAAUUCCAAUCCAUUUUCGAAGUUGCAGGCCAAUGGAUCAUCAAGUAAUACCGUUAUUGAUGCUGAAAAGUUAAAGGCGCAAAGAGCUUCCCAGAUGGGUAGAGGUGGUGAUGACGAUGAUUGGUCUGAUUCUGGGGAUGAAGAUAGUGACGACGAAAUGCCUUCUGCGAACAAACAAGCUGAACUUGCAUCGAUGCUAUUUGGUGGCAGCACUUCUGCUUCUAGGUCCAAUACUUUUAUUCCGCCCGUUUCAACAGUGGAAGAAAAGAAUAUUGGAGAGAUAAGCCAGUCCAAAUCAGAAGAAACCAACAAGGAUACCGUUGCUCCAGAAGUUGAUACACAACCGUUCCCUCCAUCUACUCCGGUAACCCAUCCACCAGCGGUUCCCGAACUGCAACAAUCCGAAACGACUGAGAAAUCACUCACACCUCCUCCAUUGCCCGAAACAGCAGCACCGGUACCUUCGGUUCCAGCUACGGUGCCACCAGGAUUGCCACUUGAGCAAGUCACAUCAAGUAACGGUGAAUUUUAUGACGCCAAGUCAGAGGAAUCUUCAUUCAUUGAUCCAACACCUCCGUCUUCUCCAGAAGUUUCCGCCACGACAGCAGAAGUACCAGACGAAGAAGUUCCUCCGGUUCCUACAGGAGUAGCACCAGCACCACCGAUUCCUACAGAAGUAGCACCAGCACCACCAGCACCACCAGCACCACCAGCACCACCAGCACCACCAGCACCACCGGCUCCUACACAAGUAGCACCAGCACCACCAGCACCACCAGCGCCAGCACCACCAGCACCACCAGCGCCAGCACCACCAGCACCAGCACCACCAGCACCACCAGCGCCAGCACCACCAGCGCCAUCUUUGAUUCCUUCAAUCACAGGUGGCCCAGCAGAUAUCAAUGCUUUACUUGGGGAAAUCCAUCAAGGUGCAAGGUUGAAGAAGGUCGACGACAGCGAGAAACACAUUGCUGACGGUGCCGUUGUUGGCAGAGUAUUGUAA